AUGUUCACUGGCCCAUUGGACAAGCUCCCCGCCCCGGUGCAGAUUCACUGCCCCUGGUUCAAAGGCAUCAUGCCGUACGUUGAUAUCCCCACCUAUCAGACAGCGGGCUGGUGGGCUCAGAUUGGUCAGAUAGUCCAUGACUGCGUCUGUCCCAGGCUGUCUGUACACAUUGAGAAUGUGGCAGCCAUUUACACUGACCCAUAG